AUGGACACUGCAACGACAGCCAUCUUGUUCCUAUUCCUAGCUCUUGUCUGCCUGCUCCUGACCUUCAGUUCAAGGCGCAAGGGCCGGCUGCCCCCAGGACCCAAACCCCUCCCGCUCCUGGGAAACCUGCUACAGCUUCGCUCCCAAGACAUGCUGACCUCCCUCACCAAGCUGAGCAAGGAGUAUGGCGCGGUGUACACAGUGCACCUGGGACCCAAGCAGGUGGUGGUCCUGAGUGGAUACCAAGCCGUGAAGGAGGCACUGGUGGACCAGGGGGAUGAGUUUAGUGGCCGUGGCGACUAUCCCGUCUUUUUCAACUUCACAAAAGGCAAUGGCAUCGCCUUCUCCAAUGGAGAACGGUGGAAGGCCUUGAGGAGGUUCUCUGUUCAGAUCCUGCGGAACUUUGGGAUGGGAAAGAGGAGCAUUGAAGAGCGGAUCAUAGAGGAAGGCCGCUUUCUGCUGGCAGAGCUGCGGAAGACUGAAGGUGAGCCUUUCGACCCCAAGUACGUGCUGAGCCGGUCUGUGUCCAACAUCAUCUGCUCGGUGAUCUUUGGGAGCCGCUUCGAUUAUGAGGACGAGCGUCUGCUCACCAUUAUUAAACUCAUCAAUGACAACUUUCAAAUCAUGAGCAGCCCCUGGGGAGAGAUGUACAAUAUCUUCCCAAGCCUCCUGGACUGGGUGCCCGGGCCCCAUCGACGUCUCUUCCAGAAUUAUGGUCGUAUGAAAGAUCUCAUUGCCUGCAGCGUCCGUGAACACCAGGCCACUCUUGACCCCAAUUCUCCCCGGGACUUCAUCGAUUGCUUCCUGACCAAGAUGGCACAAGAGAAGCAGGACCCGCUGAGCCACUUCUACAUGGAUACUCUGCUAAUGACCACACACAACCUGCUCUUCGGAGGCACAGAGACGGUCGGAACCACGCUGCGCCAUGCCUUCCUUGUGCUAAUGAAGUACCCGGAAGUGCAAGUCAGCGUGCAGGAGGAGAUUGACCGCGUGGUGGGGCGCGCGAGGCUGCCGUCGCUGGAUGACCGUGCGGCCAUGCCCUACACGGACGCCGUGAUCCACGAGGUACAGCGCUUCGCAGACGUCAUCCCCAUGAACCUGCCGCACCGCGUCAUCCGGGACACGGCCUUCCGCGGCUUUCUGCUACCUAAGGGCACAGAUGUAAUCACUCUCCUUAACACCGUGCACUACGACCCUAGCCAGUUCCUGACGCCCCAAAAGUUCAACCCCGAACAUUUUCUGGAUGCAAAUCGGUCCUUCAAGAAGAGCCCUGCCUUCAUGCCCUUCUCAGCAGGGCGCCGCCUGUGCCUGGGCGAGUCGCUGGCACGCAUGGAGCUCUUCCUCUACCUCACGGCCAUCCUGCAGAGCUUUACGCUGCAGCCGCUGGGGGCGCCCGAGGACAUCGACCUGACCCCGCUCAGCUCGGGCCUCGGCAAUUUGCCACGGCCCUUCGAGAUGUGCCUGCGCGCGCGCUGA